ACGAAUGAAUCAAUCCCUCUUUUGGACAACUCCGCGAACCGGCGGAACCUCCCGUCAGGACCACAAUUUAAAUUAGAUUUACAAUUUUUUGCGGCAUCUAAAAUAAAAAAAGCAAAAAAACCCACGAACGCGAUAAGAAUUACUCCCCAAAUUAGGCAGCAAAGAUUAAGAGAGUUAGAAGCAGAACUAAAAGAAACAAAAGAAAAUCUAGAACUUGCAGCACAAGUCGGACAAGGUCUUAUUGAAAUAAACGGAAACUUAAACAGAGAAAUUGAAAGAUUAAAUAAAAAUUUUUAUC